GUUUAUUCUACCUAGAACAAGCUAAAUGGAACUUAACGACAAGGGAUUGACAUUAUAUGUUAUCAUACCUAUGAUGAUAACAUAUAAUGUAGACGAGCCCAAGAAUGUCCUAUUGGCAUUGGGAUGACGCAGGAGUUACCAUUCUUCAUUCGGGCCAUACUGUCUAAACUAUAUGGAUAUUUUAUCUAAAAACCACGAAAAGAAAGAAAAAUUGAUCUUGCGAUGAUUGAAUUCCUUUUAACGCGUGGGGGAAGGCCCUAAGUAAAGGUUUCAAAAGCGCCAUACAGUUCAGGUCUGGACUUCCAAGUCAAAUGAACCAAAAUUGACCGAUUGCUAUCCACCGACUCCUCUAAAAUCUACUUCUGCGUUUUCUUCUGUGGAGUCAAACGCCGUGGAUUAGAUUGAUUCGGCUUCCCGGUGCCCUUCAGAGUUGCGGCGCGGAUCAAGGAUUCGGGGCUAAUUAGAGCAAUUUUAGUGAUUGCCGCAUGAUGCUACGCCUUAUUAACGUGCAUACCUAUGUACCUACUUAAGGUAGGUACAUAGGUCUCUUCGCAAUAUUCAAUCGAUUAUUCAACUUGAACUGUUUAUCGACAUUAUGCUUGAACGGUUGAGCACCGAACUCAUAGAACACAUAGCAUUUUCUUUAGAGGAUCGAGCAGAUCUUCUGACUCUGCGCCUUGUUAGCCGAAGACUCAACAAUGCAACUUAUAGGGUAUUCGGCAGAGCUUGGUUUGGAACCAUUCUGUUGAAGUUCAUACCGGAAUCUCUUCCUAGAGUCGCAGACAUCGCGCAUCACCCGUUACUACGAGAAAGCGUACGCCAUAUAAAAGUUGGCAUUGGCAACGAAAAGCAAUAUGCCGAAUUUGGCUUUCUAAAUCCAGCAUUGCCAUCCGCGAAAGAUGCACAAGAUCUCCUAGCUUCCUUCCCCAACUGCGAUGAAAUCACUGUCACCGAUUAUUAUGACGAUUGCACAAUCCAAGAUGGGUUCUCUGCCCUGUACACAGUUAAUUUUAUGUUCCUAGUGCUUGCUCGUCUUCGCAUCAAAACCUUCAACAUCUAUGUUCGAAAUAUCCAAGCGUUUAAACAUGCCCACCUAUUAUUUGAUACUGUCAAGUCAGCGCCUUUUCGGUCAUCGUGGUCCCACAUACAACACAUAAAUUUUUGGUGGCAGCCGGGCAUCGCAUUAGCGAAAAUAACGUCGAAUCUCGUUCUAGAAGCGGUGAAUCUUCGAACAUUAAUCUUAAAAUGUGUCCUUUCACAAGUUGUCAAUCAACUUCUCCAGCGAAUAGCCGAAUCGCCAACAGUCCCCGCCGUCAAGCAUCUUGAGCUAAGUGCCUGGAGGCCGCUUUCACCAGAAAUAUUCUCGAGCGCUAUUCUCCGUUUUAAAGAUAGCCUAGAGUCGCUUACACUAUACCGCACUCGGACUGACUGGGAACCCUUUUUCGCCCUGCUGGGAAAAGAAAGCUUCCCCCAUCUAGGGACUAUUACAUUUAGAGGUUCUCAUAAUAUUUUUCUCUGUCCGCUACGAAUGAAUCAAAACGCCUUGUCGCAGUACGGAGGAGACCUUGAGUUCACCUUGCGGGACUAUGCGGGGAAGUCCCGAGUAUGCGGAAUGAGGUAUCGCAGUUCUCCGCCUGGAAUACAACAUAUGCUACAGACACUUGGAAGGAAUUCCAUCUAUACUAGUAAUUCGUCGAGGCGGGAGAGAAGUCCUGGAUUGCCUGAUAUGAAAACUUAUACGGGAGAUACGGUUGGGAGGGUAGUUAAUGAUCUUCUAUAAUUCCGUUUGGAUUUACAUAAGGUCAUAUCAGGUGUGGUGUUACGCAAGAUUCUUGAUGAAUCCUGAUCUCAUCCAGUUGGUCAAGCAGAAUAGGGGUGCUGAAUCUCAUCGUAGCACAGCGGCCGCUAUCCCACUGUGACUUCCUCAAAUAAAUUCCGGGCCGAGCCAGCCCCGUGCCGCAUUGAAUCACACAACAUAGAACGGAGCCGUCUCCGUGAGGAAGGAGAGGACAGUAUAGCAGAUUGCGGGGUAGCUCGGCGGGGUCGGAACUAAGUAAUUCGUACCUCGGUACCCAGUUCCCUCUCUUGAAUAGAAUUCUCUAACAUUUCAUCCUUUCUUAUAGAAUUGAUUAAUAGAAUUUUCUGGAUACGAUGAA